AUGAGAAGAGAUCAAGUUCAAGAAGAAAAAUUAGCCAUUCAGAAAUCUCUUCUACAUUUUGAAAAUUUACAUGGUCGACCUACUAACAAAAUAGAGAAAGAUUUGAUGAGGCCACUCUAUGAUAGAUACAGAUCCAUUAAACGUAUUCUAGCAAAACCCAUGUCGCAUGUGAAGAUCCCUACAGCUGAAGAAGAUGAGGAAGAAUGCUAUGAUCAACUAGGAACUUUAGAUUUUGCAGUCACUCGUGAUUUUAAUGUAUUAAAGGAUACUAUUAUACCAACAGAUAUCAAAUCUUCAAUUGUCUCCAAUGUUAAAAAGAAAUCUAUCUUAGCCUAUACAGAAUGGCAGUCUACAGAAUCUAAUCUUCAUGAACUUGACAUCCAUGAGUUACAUGAUGAAUUACAUAAAACUAAAACUGAUAAACGUAAAAUGAGGAGACAACUUCGGGAAUUUGAAGAUGACUUUUUCGAAGAAAAUGGAAGGAAAGUUCAAAAAGAGGACAGAACUCCAUUACAAGAAGAAUAUGAUCAAUAUAAGCAAAUCAAAGCCAGAUUACGGUUAUUGGAAGCCUUGAUAACAAAACAUAACACAUCAGAAGCUUGA